CGUGCCCUUGGGUCAUGCCGUCAUUCGAACGAUCCGUACCGAACCGUCAACACGCGCUCGUCCGUCGUUCGUUUUUUACUGUUUACAUAACAUAGUAUUUUUGUUAUCUUGUCAUUACCAGUAUCAAUUAUAUUAUAUUAUUGCAUUAUUAUUACCACAAUAAUAAUAAUAUCGUCUCGCCGUCAUUUGUGUAUGUGUGCGAUAUCGACAGUAAUAUUGCAGUCGAAAUUAUAAUUUAUUAUUUACAAAAUAAUAUAUCAUUUGGAUUAAUAAAAUUCGAGUGUCGUUUCGAAUAGUGUCGUAUAUUAUUUUAUAAUAAUAAAAUAGACCGUGAUUGUUUCGACAUGCGUCCCGCCGCCGAACUCAGACCGUCAUACCGGGUGCAGAUGCACAUGCAGAUGCAACAGCAACAGCAACAUUACCAGCACCAGCACCAGUCUGGAUCCGAAUACGACGAACAACCCGUGUCCCGGACUUAUCAAUACAGAAAGGUUAUGAAACCGCUGUUGGAACGGAAACGUCGCGCCCGGAUCAACCGGUGCCUGGACGAACUCAAGGACCUGAUGGUGGUCACGCUGCAGGCCGAGGGCGAGAACGUCAGCAAACUAGAGAAGGCCGACAUACUGGAGCUGACAGUUCGGCACCUGCACAAGCUCAAGCGACACAACGCGCUCGGGCUUACCGGUGUCGACUCGGUUUACGCCGACAAAUUCCGCGCCGGUUUCGCGCACUGCGCCACCGAGGUAUCCAACUACCUGACUUCCGACGUCCGGUCACCGCCCGUCGACCCGUCCGCCGGCGUUAAGCUCCUACACCACCUGGGCGCCUGCAUGCGCAAAAUCGACGUCGACUCCAACCGGCCAGCUUCCGGUCCGGUCGCCACCGCCGCCACAACCGCCGACCAGUACAGGCCGUACACGCCGCCGUCCACACCCGGAAGCGAGCUCAAAGAAGACCCGAAUUCCGUCUGCUGGAGACCGUGGUAAACAAUAUAGUAUUGUUAUUUCCUGGCGAAAAAAACAUGUUGUUAUUUCGUUUUUAAUCUCUCAUGACCCCCCCCUCCCACCACUGCACCCUCCAAAGACUGAUGUUCGACCCGAGGUGGAGAUAUUGUAUAUAUUAUUAUAAUAUUAUAUAGGCAGUUAUAGGUUAUAUAGGUAUUAUAAUAUUAUUCUAUUAUAUUGUGCGUUUAUACGUCGAGUUUGUUGUUCGCUUAUUACUUAUAUUAUUUAUUUUUUUCUCGAUUGUAUUUUAUGUUGUAAUUUUUUUUAUUAUUCGUUGGCGACCAUUCCUUUUUGGGUUUAAAAUAUAUUUUAUAAAUGUAUAAUAUUGUAAUGGUUGCAGAGGAUACGGCACUACGGCUAUUUACCAAAAAAAUUCAAAAAUACCUCUUUCUUUGUACUUAUAUAUGUAUGUUGUAUAUAAUAUAUAUAUAUUUUAAAGCAUUGAAAUAGAACUUAAGACAUUUUUCUAUUGUGUAAUAAUAAUAUAUAAUUUGUAUUAUUUAAAAAAAAUGUAUUCUGCAGACGUGAUACAUGAUAUUAUAAUUGUAAUAAUAUUAAGACAUGUAUGUAUUAUGUGAAAAUACCGCGUUUGUGCGGAAGACCUAAGAAAAAAAGCAUAUCUGUGAUAAUAAUAAUAUGUGUUUUACUAGAAUACAUUAAGUCUAUUCAAACAUCUUAA